AUUGUUGCUUUGUUUUAUCGAAUAGUUGUUUCUAAUCUGCAUUUAUUCUGGCAAUGAAGGUCACCGUUAGAGCCUCUUUUUGUCUUUGUACCAAGUUCUCCUUUGCCAUGGAGAUGAAAUGGAAGAAGAUGGAAGAAGAAGAAGAAUAUGAGUAAUGGAGCGAUGAUUCCUGAUUCCUGAUUUGUGAAUUUGUGAAUCUCAAUCAUGACGAUUCCUGAUUCGGGAUUCAUGAUUGCUAAUGGAGCGAGUUGCUUGUCGCUUCCCCCGGACGAAGAGAGUCGGAUUAUUGCUAAGCUUGCCAACCAAUCUGAGAAGAAUUUGAAGGAAGGCAAUUUGUACUACGUUAUUUCAAAUAGAUGGUUUUCAAGCUGGCAGAGAUAUACGAAGCAAGGCGUGGCUGAAUCUUUGGUUGAUGAGCAGUCUUCUGGAUCUCAAAAUAUGGAUGUUAUUACUUUAAAGAGUGCAAAUAGACCCGGGCAGAUUGAUAAUUCUGAUAUAGUUCUAAAUAACAAAGAUAGUGAUGGUGAUGAACUAGAACUUCGUAGAAUGUUGGAGGAAGGACGUGACUAUGUUCUAGUUUCCCAACAAGUUUGGGAAAGACUAUUGUCUUGGAACAAAGGAGGACCAGCAUUACCAAGAAAAUUGAUAUCUCAGGGUACUUUUCACAAGAAUUUUCUUGUAGAGGUUUACCCGCUUUGUCUUAAGUUGAUUGAUUCUGGGGACCAAAACCAAUCAGUAUUAAGAUUAAGCAAAAAGGCCUCUACAAUGGAGCUUUAUGAGAGGGUGUGUAGCCUUCGUGGAGUAGAAAAAGAAAAGAUUCUUCUUGAGGUGCAAGAUGUAAAUAAUGUUUCUCCAUUCGGCAAGGAUUCUACAGGAAAUGAGUUGGCUUUGGGAAAUGCUGUAAGUUCAUCAUUCUCAGAUAUUGAUGAUGGAUAUGAUGUUUUAACAUUCUGUUUUCAUGUAGCUUGA